AUGAUCAUGCAUUACAUUACUCCAAAAGAGAGCGUCAUUCUCAACGUUCUUGCAGCGGAGGUGGAUUUCACUACAUGCGAGUCCAUUGUGAUGUCUCAAGAGGUUGACGAGGAUGGCGAUCGCACCCUGGCUGUCGUCACCAAGGUUGAUCGGGCUCCUGAUGGCCUCUAUGAGAAGAUUCAAGGAAAUUCGGUGCGGAUCGGGCUUGGCUACGUGUGUGUCCGGAACAAGACAGACGCUGAUGCAUCUCAUGACGACGCAAGAAGGGCGGAAGCGGCUUUCUUCAACAACCAUCCUGAAUUGUCCCAGAUUGAGCCCCAGUGCCUGGGAAUUCCAGCCCUCGCUCAACGGCUGACGGAGAUCCAGGCCAAGAGGGUGGCGGACAGCAUCCCAAGGAUCAGGCAGGCGAUUCAGAAGGCUCUUGUUGGUAAGGAGUCUGAAUUGCAGACCAUUCCUUUCGCUGCCACCUCUAGCGCUGCAGCACUGGGUAUUGUGUCUUCAACAAUCCAGAAGCGACGGGACAUGAUGAGUGGUGUCAUCAGCGGGAAGUAUGGCCCGUUUCAGAGCGACGAGGCGAUGCACUAUGCUGCCAGGCUGCAUGAGAAGUUCAACGAAUUCGAGGCUGAGAUGAGGGGUGUUCUUCCGGACUUCCUUGGAACAGACUACUCUGAAAGGUGUAAGGAGGCUCUGAAAGAGGUGGCUGGAAUUUCUCUCCCAAACAUGUUCGACCAGGCUGUGGUGCAGCAGGCUGUGGCAUCACACGUCUGCGGGAUGUACCCUGGACUGAACAACGUGGCUCAUCUUCAAGGCCUGAAUGCCCUGAGGAAGGCCAAGGAGUCAGCAAGCCGCUUCAUUCAGGACUUGCUGACCAAGGAGGAGAAGGUCAUCCUCACGCUCAAUCACUACUACAUGGACACGGUGUCCCAGAUCCACGUGAAGAUGGCUGAUUUCAAGAAAGGCCAGCCCGGUAACUCUGGUCAAGGUCCUCCUCCGAUUCCUUCUAUUGGUGACUUCGCCUCCAGCACUGCUUCACUCGCCAAUCUGAUAAGCAAUGAAGACCAGGCUGCGAGGGAUCUCCAGAUCAACAUGUUUUCUUAUGCCAAGUUUCAAACACUCUCCCUCGCAUUUUCAAACGCUCUCCCCUCGCCUCAUAAACCCUCGGUACCAUUCUUCUUUUCCCCUCCUCUCCCUCCCCACCACAUCCUUCCCUUCCCCCCGCCCCCCUUUUCCCUCCCUCUCUCUCCCCCUCUCCUCCCCCCCCCCUCCUUCUCCCGCGGCUGCAUUUGUCCGCUUCCGCGCAGCGCUCCUUUCCAGUUGCGCCCAUCCCAGAUCUCACCUCCCCCAGCCAUCACCUUCCCAACGCCGCCCUGCGGCGCUGCGAGCCGAAGUUACCACGCAUCCACCGCGCCUCCGCCCCUCCGCCCCGUCCCUCCGCGCACCGCGCGCCAACGUCUAUGCAGAUCCGCCCGCGCACCCGCCCAUUCUCCCCUCGCGCGCCCGCUUCUCCCGCUCGGCGGCUAUAGCGCGGCCGUAGCGGAGAGAGCGGACAGGAGAGGGCGGAAAGGGCGGGUCAGGGCUGGGAGUGGGUGGGUGGGCGUGGGGAAGGGGGAACGGCAGCAGGGGUCUGAUUUGGAGGAAGAAUGGGGUGCAGAAGAGGAGAGAGAUGGAGAGGAUAGGGAUGGCGAGGAAAGGGAGCACGCAGAGGAGUGGGAAGGAGAGGAGAGGGAAGGAGAGGAGGGGGAAGGAGAGGAGGGGGAAGGAGAGGAGGGGGAGGAUGAUCUGGUGGAGGGUGGAUCAGUGUCGCUGGAUAACGGGAGCGCCACUGCCGCCCACGGUCUGCCCUCGCCUGCUGUGGCUGUGCGCAACCUCGUGGAGCAGGUGCGUGCUGGGCAGGUGGUAUGUAGGGCAGGUGGUACGUGUGUGUGUCUCACGGGCUGCCCUCGCCUGCUGUGGCCGUGUUAUGUGCCCUACGGGCCGCCCUCGCCUGCUGUGGCCGUGCGCAACCUCGUGGAGCAGGUGAGAGGGGUGGUGUGUGUGGAAGAUCCCAUAUUCCUCCUCUCGCCGCUCUCCAUCCACACGCGCAACAUGCUUGCAGACCCUCGCUGCACUCUUGUUGUUCAGAUUCCCGGGUGGAGUGGGCUGGCCAACGCGCGUGCCACCAUAUUUGGAGACGUGUAUCCGGUGCCGCCGUCCCAGCAGCAGUGGGCGCAGCGCUUCUUUGCGCGCCGCCACCACCACGGCGCCGCGCAGAUGUGGGGCAACUUCAGCUACUACCGCAUGCAGCAGAUCUGUGACAUCUAUUUCGUGGGCGGAUUUGGCACGGUGGCGUGGAUCGAUGUGAAGGACUACCUGUCUGCCACACCAGAUGCCAUCGUGCUGCAUGACACAGAGGCCAUUCUGCACGAGCUGAACGUGCGGCUGGGAUCGGAUCUGAAGCGCCAGCUGGCGUCGAUCCUGCCGGAGCCGGUGGACGAUGCACUGUUCAUCAGCAUUGAUGGCAAGGGGGUUGACAUCCGCGUGCGACACGGCGCUAAGCAACGAAUGGCACAGGACCUGUUGUCCCACCAACCCUGCAAACCCUUUCGCCUCCUCCCUACCACCCCCCUCCCCUCCACCACUUCCUCGCCAAUUCAUCGUGCAGCCCCUGUCCUUCAGUGCAUCAUGGGAUGUGCGGUGCGGGGCACAGACGAGGCUGCUGCAGCGCUGUAA